AUGUCAGGAGGAAAAGAUCCAUGUUUAACACAAUUGCCCUCACAGAAAAUAUACGAUGAAUUAGAUAAGGGACAGACGUGCCCCACAGGAGCACAGGGGCAAUGUUCCAAUGAGCAAACCAUAGAACAGGUGAAGGGACCAUUAGAAGUGUACACAAGUGCUGAAAGUUAUGCCGAAGACAUUGCAAACGCCUGGUAUUACGCGUGUAAGAAGGAGGGGGGCAAACCACCGGACGAUAAACCCUGUUAUUUUUUUUACUAUUGGCUAGGCAGUAAAAUAACAGGAAUAUUAAAUAGCGAAUACAACUUUGGGAGAACCAUGGCUGCAAUUUACAAGAAAUUGGGGCAAGAAGGAGGCCAAUGUAAUAAUAUCUGUAAGGACUUAUACGAUGAUAUUAGCCAAAGUGUUUUCAUUCUGAGGAAGGAAAUAUUCGACUAUUAUUAUAAUUAUAAUGUUCUACAGGGGAAAAAAGAAAGUAAUGAAUUUUUAUGCAGUAAUGAAUGUGCGACGUAUUUAGAGGGAGUUAACAAAGCAUAUUCAAAUAUAAGCAGCAGUUGUGGGGGAGAUGGUAAGAGUGAUCCAUAUUGUAACGAAUUUACGCAGGGAUAUAAGAACUAUUUUAAAGACAGGGAACUAAUAUUACCAUGUAACAGAACGACUGGAGCAGAACCUGCAGUAGAAUCAGAGGACGAAGGUACCAUUUCAGGAGACGAGGAAGAAGAGGACCUCCCAGAGGACUUCCUAGAGGACAACGAGGAGGAAGGUUUGAAGGAUUUACCUUCAAGGAAAAAGUAUAAAGAAUUGGAUAAGAAGGCCAACAGCGAUAAUAAUGGGAAUUGCAGUAGUAAGGUGAAGGAAGAAUUAGGAAAGAAUAAUAUUAAUGGCAAUGUUAAAAAUAGAAUUAUGGGGGCAUUUUGCCAUAUAUAUACAAUGGAAAGCGGUAGACGUAAAAGAGAAGGGUGGUGGGAUUAUUUUUAUUACUGGGUGGGUAGAAUGUUAUCCAAAAAUAGGGAUGACACAUAUUUCCAGGCAGCUAUGAAAGGAUGUAAAGGCGGAAUGGACGAUAGUCAGAGUAAACAUGACUGUGACUUCCUUCGCGCUCCAGAGGAAAGAAAAGUCUUUGAAGCCUCAAAAAUUACGUUCGAUUAUUAUAAGGACAAGGAUACCAUAAUGGACGAGGUGAGGCCUCAGGGGGGACAGUGCCCCAAAGAGUAUAACACAUAUUUGGAGAAAGUGCAGCUUGCUUAUAAAAUUAUGCGUGCUAAAUGUAGAGGGGGGAAUAGUUAUGAAUGGUGUAAACAUUUUAAGGAUCAGUAUCCGGAAUAUACAAAGAAGAAAACUUUGAAGUUAAAGUGUAAACUGGAACCUAGGGUUAAGCAUAAACGCAGGGAGGAGCCUUCAUCUCUAGCAAAACAACCUUCUUUAAUUAGUUCAGAUCCUCCGGGAAGUAGCACCAUCCCUGCCAUAUCUGGUACAUUGGGCACCACAAUAGGAGCUGCAUUGGUCUCCUUCUUUUUAUAUAAGUAUACCUCCCUAUUCCGCGGAAUAGGUAACACUUCCAGUAGAAGCAACAGAAAGAAGAGAUCCACCACACAUAACUCCGAUGUCUUCACAGAAGACGAUUCUUCUACAGAAUUUUCAUCAGAAUUAAAUUCCACACUUGCUUCCACAUACGAAUCAACAGAAUAUUCCACAGAAUAUGACAACACACAAUCUACCAGAACAGGACGGGCAGCAAAUAAUAAUAAUAGAAAAAACGGGCAACAUAGGAAUAAUAUAAGGUAUCAACGUAUGUAG